AUGAUUCUUUCACUUCUCCUCGUUUUGGCGACUGCCGUCUCCAGCACCCUUGCGGCUGCUGUAGCUGUGACUGUUCCCCACCCUGUCGUCAUUCGCGAAGCCUCUCUUGUCAAGGAUGAGGCCAUCGUCAUCCCCACACUUCUUCCUCGCGGCCCUACUGCCGUCGACAAGCGCGAUAACUGGCCCAACCACGGUUACACCAAGGUCGGCAAGGACGAUCGGGAGAUCAAGAUGAACGAGCCCGAGAAGGAGAUCUGGUGCUGGUGGCUCGACGACACCGACAAGAAGGAUAAGAAGGCUGGCAGCAAGUUCAAGGUCAAGAAGGGAUCCAUCUGCUAUUUCUACGAAUACCCUUGCGACCCAAGCAAGGGCAAGGCCUUCUACGCCAAGGGCAAUGACUCGGAAACCAACUAUCCCAGCGACAAGUACAUGGGAUUCGGUUGCGAGAAGAAAGACUAAAUCUGGAUGGCCGGUCACAAGGCGUUCU